AGGCCGCCAUUUUAAGCAGCCCUUCUCCAGAGCCCUUCUUUCACGCACUGCUCAUCGUCUCUCCACCACCACCAGCCCCUGCCGCUCGCAACGCACAGAGGAAUCUUGGGACAUUGAUGUCAUGGUGAAAAUUGAUGUUGUGGUGAAUUUUUGUGUGGCAAAAGCACAGAAUUGGUACUUCAGACUCUGAAGAGGCACUGGUAAUAAAAGGAGUCAGGAAGAUAACACAGGGAAGUAGAAUACAUAUUAAGUACAGCUUGGCUGGACAAAGUAUCCGAUUAAAGCAGACGAUUAAGUAGUAUUUUAAAAGGGUGUUUUCUCACCACGUUACGUAGCCCAAACUGUGCGUGAAUCUGUAAUCCAGUGAUCUGCUUUGAACAUAUCUCAAGAAACUGCAAAACUCUGUGUAACUAGAGCUGAGUAGCAUUUACUGUGAGAUCUGUGGAUCUUCCUGGGAGAAAGAAAAGAUGGAAUCCUCUGAAACUGAAAAGACGGAGCAAAGGCUCCCUAUGAUUCAAGAUGCAGCUGAGAACAGGAAAAGUAAUGGAAAUACCAAACAAGCAAGAGUUAAGCAACAACAACAACAACAACAACAACAACAACAACAACAACAACAACAACAUGAAGCAAGAUUCUCUCCGAAACUGAGCCAUUCUCUAUAUGGGUUCUACAAUAAUGAAAAAAAGAAACUCGCUUUUACUGUAAUAAUUGCGAGCUUGGUGCUUAGUGUCAUUCUGAUCAUUUCCAUCAUCAUCAUCAGCAGAACUGCUUUAUCAGGGACAAGCGCAGUAUUGCCAACCGCCCUACCUUCUCCUUCCACUCCAACUGAAUGCUGUCCGGACGGCUGGAUUGGCUACCAAAGGAAAUGUUACUAUUUUUCGGACAGUGACAGAAACUGGACUUAUAGCCAGAAUUACUGUGCCUCUUUCGAUGCCUCUUUGGUUGUGAUUGACUCCCAAGAGGAGAUGAUCUUCUUGAGACGGUACAAAGGUCCUGCUGACCACUGGAUUGGUCUCCAAAGGAUGGAUGACCAGGGACCUUGGAAAUGGAUCAAUGGCACCAUUUUCAAUAAAUCGUUUGAAAUCCGGGGAGGAGGAACUGGUGCUUACUUGAACCAUCAGGGUGUUGCUAGCGGCACCAGUGGAAACGACGAACGCUGGAUCUGCAGCAAACCAGUUGGUAAAUGAGAAACAGCACAGGAUUCUAAGUCAUGCAGAUCGGACGCAGACAGUCUGGAAAUCAGCAUGUUUUUACAGGAGUAGAGUGUGUGCUUUUAUUUAAAAUGCACCUCUGGGUUAUUUGUGGG